UUUGCCUGUGGGGUUGGGGAACAGAGCAGAGGAGUGACAUGGGCUAGACCCUGGAAGAUGAACACUCAAGGUGGACAUGGAGGCGGAGAGCACGCAAUGAGGAAGUCUCAACGGUGUGGGCACCACCAGGUCUCUGCCAUGGCAGCACCUCUGUGCUCUCUCCUCCUCCUGUCGCUGGGCGUGGUCCUGACGAGAACACUCAAUCCCAGUGACCCCAACACCUGCAGCUUCUGGGAAAGCUUCACCACGACCACCAAGGAGUCCCAGUCCCGCCCCUUCAGUCUGCUUCCCUCAGAGCCCUGCAGCCGGCCCUGGGAGAGCCAGCGAGCCUGCCCCCAGCCCACGGUUGUCUACCGGACUGUGUACCGCCAGGUGGUGAAGACAGACCACCGAAGGCGCCUGCAGUGCUGUGGGGGCUUCUACGAGAGCAGCGGGGCCUGUGUCCCACUCUGCGCCCAGGAGUGUGUCCAUGGCCGCUGCGUGGCGCCCAACCAGUGCCAGUGUGAGCAAGACUGGCGAGGUGAUGACUGCUCCAGCGCAUGUGCCCCAGGAGUGUGGGGGCCACAGUGUGACAAACCCUGCAGCUGUGGCAACAGCAGCUCCUGUGACCCCAAGAGUGGGGCUUGUUCCUGCCCUGCUGGCCUGCAGCCCCCAAACUGCCUUCAGCCCUGCCCCCCUGGCCACUAUGGCCCUGCCUGUCAGUUCAGUUGUCAGUGCCAAGGGGCACCCUGUGAUCCCCAGACUGGAGCCUGCUUCUGCCCCCCAGACAGAACUGGGCCCAGCAGCUGUGAGGUGCCCUGUCACCCAAGGACUGAUGGCUUCUUCUGCCUCCACACCCAUCCUUGCCACAAUGGGGGUGUUUUCCAGGCUCGCCAGGGCUCCUGCAGCUGCCCACCUGGAUGGAUGGGCACCAUCUGCUCCUUGCCCUGCCCUGAGGGCUUCCAUGGCCCCAACUGCUCCUUGGAAUGUCGCUGUCACAACGGAGGUCACUGUGACCGAUUCACAGGGCAGUGUCUCUGCGCACCUGGCUUCACCGGGGACCGGUGCCGGGAAGAGUGCCCCGUGGGCCACUUCGGGCAGGAUUGUGCUGAGACGUGUGACUGCGCCCCUGGUGCCCGCUGCUUUGCGGCCAACGGGGCGUGUUUGUGCGAACAUGGCUUCACGGGGGACCGCUGCACCGAGCGUCUCUGCCCUGACGGUCUCUACGGCCUCAGCUGCCAGGCGCCCUGCACCUGCGACCCAGAGCACAGUCUCAGCUGCCAUCCGAUGAGCGGGGAGUGCUCGUGCCGGCCGGGCUGGGCCGGGCUGCACUGCAAUGAGAGCUGCCCUCGGGACACGCACGGGCCCGGCUGCCAGGAGCACUGCCUCUGCCUGCACGGCGGCGUCUGCCAGGCGGACAGCGGCCUCUGCCGGUGCGCGCCCGGCUACACGGGCCCGCACUGCGCUAGCCUCUGUCCACCUGACACUUACGGAGUCAACUGCUCAGCACGCUGCUCCUGCGAAAACGCCCUGGCCUGCUCGCCAGUAGACGGCACUUGCGUCUGCAAGGAAGGUUGGCAACGUGGUAACUGCUCCUUGCCCUGCCCACCUGGAACCUGGGGCUUUGGUUGCAAUGCCAGUUGCCAGUGUGCCAAUAAAGCAGCCUGCAGCCCCCAAACUGGAACUUGUACCUGCACCGCUGGGUGGCAUGGGGCCCACUGCCAGCUUCCUUGCCCGAAGGGACAGUUUGGUGAAGGCUGUGCCGGUCAUUGUGACUGUGACCACUCCGAUGGCUGUGACCCUGUUCAUGGACACUGCCAGUGCCAACCUGGCUGGAUGGGUAUUCGCUGUCACCUGCCUUGCCCUGAGGGCUUCUGGGGAGCCAACUGUAGUAACACCUGCACAUGCAAGAAUGGUGGCACCUGCAUUCCUGAGAAUGGCAACUGCGUGUGUGCCCCUGGAUUCCGGGGACCCACCUGCCAGAGGCCCUGUCAGCCUGGCCGCUACGGCAAACGCUGUGUGCCCUGCAAAUGUGCCAACCACUCUUCCUGCCACCCCUCGGACGGGACCUGCUACUGCCUGGCCGGCUGGACAGGCCCCGACUGCUCCCAGCCAUGCCCUCCAGGACACUGGGGAGCCAACUGUGUCCAGCCCUGCCAGUGCCAUCAUGGCGGAACCUGCCACCCCCAGGAUGGGAGCUGUUUCUGCCCUCCAGGCUGGACCGGACACCUGUGCUCAGAAGGCUGUGCUCUGGGGAUGUUUGGUGCCAACUGCUCUCAUUUGUGCCAGUGUGGUCCUGGAGAGAGGUGCCACUCAGAGACUGGGGCCUGUGUGUGUCCCCCAGGGCACAGUGGUGCACCCUGCAGGAUUGGAAGCCAGGAGCCCUUCACCAUGAUGCCAGCCUCUCCAGUAGCCUAUAACUCGCUGGGGGCAGUGAUUGGCAUUGCAGUGCUGGGGUCCCUGGUGGUGGCGCUAGUGGCACUGUUCAUUGGCUAUCGCCAUUGGCAAAAAGGCAAGGAGCACCAGCACCUGGCAGUGGCUUACAGCAGUGGGCGACUGGAUGGCUCCGAAUACGUCAUGCCAGAUGUCCCUCCAAGCUACAGCCACUACUACUCCAACCCCAGCUAUCACACCCUGUCUCAGUGCUCACCCAAUCCCCCACCCCCUAACAAGCUUCCUGGCAGUCAGCUCUUCGCCAGCCUCCAAGCCACUGAGCGGCCAGGGGGAGCUCAUGGGCAUGACAAUCACGCCACCCUGCCUGCUGACUGGAAACACCGUCGGGAUCCCCCUCCAGGGCCUCUGGACAGGGGUGGCAGCCGCCUGGAUCGAAGCUACAGCUGUAGCUACAGCAACAGCAAUGGCCCUGGUCCAUUCUACAGUAAAGGGCCCAUCUCUGAAGAGGGGCUGGGGGCCAGCAUGGCUUCCCUUAGCAGCGAGAACCCCUAUGCUACCAUUCGGGACCUGCCCAGCCUGCUAGGAAAUCCCCGGGAGAGCAGCUAUGUGGAGAUGAAAGGCCCUCCCUCAGGAUCUCUUCCCAGGCAGGGUCCUCUGUUCCGGGACGGCCAGAGGCUGCGGCCACCCCAGCCACAGAGAGACAGUGGCACCUAUGAGCAGCCCAGCCCUCUCACCCAUGACCGAGACUCUGUGGGCUCCCAGCCCCCGCUGCCUCCAGGCCUACCCCCUGGCCAUUACGAUUCACCCAAGAACAGCCACAUCCCUGGACACUAUGACUUGCCUCCAGUGCGGCACCCGCCAUCACCCCCACUCCGGCGUCAGGACCGCUGAGGAGUAAGAUGCUGUGCAGAUGCCAGCACACCUGUGCCUUGCUGCUCAAGGCUGGAGACAGACCCUGCUGUGCCCUGCCAGGAGCAGGGAGAGGACUGGCGGGCCGUGCUUAUAAACUCAUUGCACAGAGGAAGCACGUGGAGAGAAGGGAAACUGGCUGUCAGGUCCCAUCCAGGAGACUGGUCAGCAGGAAGACUGCAUCCCCUUUCCACAACCUACUGCUCCCUGAGGGCUCUGGGCCCUCUGUAUAUAAACUGGUGGGUUGAAUGUUGCUGAUAACUCUGACUUCAGAUUGCUGUAGAAAUGUACAUUGGGUACCUUUUCUGUGCACUCCCAGGCUGGGCUGUGCAUGUGUGUCUGUGUGGUUGGUUGGUUGGUUGGUUACAGAGGGAAACCAGGUACCAAACAUUUACCAGUUAGUCAGCAACCUAGUUAACUCUCGCGAUAGCUCCAGCUGUCCCGCCCCUGUAUUCACUUGGCACCCCUCCAACCAACUGCUCAACAUAUAUAAAGUGGCUGGAUUGCUCCUGCCUGAGUCUUCAUGAGUGCCCCACUGUUCCUGGGCUAACGUCAACACUUUCAAAGGUCUUAAAGGUGCUGCUAACUUGGCCUGUCUGUCUCUUCAGUUUCAGCUUGAUUGUGUUUCCUGCCUCACCUCCCAGUGACCCAGUGGUCUCUGGGUCCUCCCAUUCUUUCUACCAAGGGACUUGGCAUCUCUGGUGUGCUCUUCACCCCCAUACACUGCUAACUCCUGCUUGACACAGAAUGGAUUACAGCUAUAUUCACUCACCAGGGGCCUGCAGAAGAGGGACAGGGUGCGGGCAUCUCUGUAGUAUGUUCCUUUAUAUGAUGAUUUGAUUAAUCUCUGCCUCCCCCACUGGACUCUAAGUUCCCUGAAGACAGGAAUCCUGUUUGUUCCUUUGUCACACAGAAGACACUCAAUAAAUGU